AUUCCGGAAUGGGAGGAGGAGGAGCAAUAAUAGCAGCGGGCCCACACCCAUCACCCUCUCGCCUCGUCUCCUCCCUCCCGCAGAUUCCCGUUGUUCCCUUCCGGCCCUGUCCUUCUAUCGGGAACCUUUUCUCCCCUCCAUUUAUAUUCCUUCCGCCGUCUGCCCCCACGGAAUCAAGAAACAAACGAAGCCAGCCAGCCAGCCGGGUCCUCCCGCGUAGCUAGCGUAGGCGUAGGCGUAGCCGUAGCAGCGUGUGCGAGAGGGGAAGAAAUGCUGGAGGGGAGGGCGCGGGUGGAGGACACGGACAUGCCGGCGCGGAUGCAGGACGCGGCGACCUCCGCGGCCUCGCGCGCGCUCGACCUCUUCGACGUCGCCGACUGCCGCGCCAUCGCCGGCCACAUCAAGACGGAGUUCGACAAGCGGUACGGCGUCGGGUGGCAGUGCGUGGUGGGCGCCAACUUCGGGUGCUUCUUCACCCACAGCAGCGGCACCUUCAUCUACUUCUCCAUGGAGCGCCUCUCCUUCCUCCUCUUCAAGGCCGCCGUCGUCGCAGCCGCCGCCGCCGCUGCCGUCGCCUCCUAAUCAACCAAGUCUCCGUCCAUCACACCGUGCACUUUGUACUGCUAGCUAGUAUCUAUAUAUAUCUAUAUAUGCCAUUUGUAAUGUCCAGAAGCUCAGACCCUGUACGGCCAGCAGCCCGUGUAGUAGUGUAAAUACAUCGCGCCAUGCUUCGCUCGUUCCUCGUCGAA